AAAAACAAAACAUACAAAGCUGUGUUCUGGUUUAGCUUCCAUAUGUAUACGUAUAUAGGCGCUUUUUAACUGGGGGAGGAACACAUAUUGAAAUUACAUAGAGAGAGAGAGAGAGAGAGAGACUGCAAUUAAGGACCAAAAGAAAAAGAAAGUAAACAAAAAUCCCCACCCACUGGCUCCUGGAGGAGUUGGACUGCACAAUUAUUCUCAAAUCUCUCUUCGUCGCCAUUCGCUUGUACUCUCUGUCUAUAUAUAUAAAGGCCCAUAUAAGCCCAGAUUCCCUUCGACAGUCUGUCUCAUCUCGUGCUGUGCUGUGGUGGCCCUUCUGCUUCAUAUGCCUCUUCUUCUCUCUUUCUCCAUCUCUAUUUCUAACACUCUCUAAUCCACAUUGCUUUCUCCUCCCCAACUUCGAAGAAGGCUCUUUCCCUCUCACCUCUCAUGGGUUCGAUCAUCGAAUCUGGGUGGCUGGGAAUAAUGUGAAAAGGAGUUCAAACUCUAGUGGAGAACCGAACCACUGUUUUUUGUCUCUUGUUAAAUAUAAAUAAAUAAAUUGUAUCUGAUUACACAUUUCAGUGACUUUCAACUGGCAUGUCUUGGAAGUUUCUUCCUCCAUGAGAGUGUUUUCUUCUUAUCAGGACUUCCUUUUAUAUAUCUUGAGAGAGCGGGAUGGCUUAGCAAGUACAAGAUUCAGUUUGAUACAGACAAAAAAUAAUAGCCCUGCAGCUCAGGAGAAAUGUAUAACUCGCCUAUUGCUGUAUCAUUUCGGUGUCAAUCUACCAGUUAUGAUUUUCUCAUAUCCUGUCUUCAGAUACAUGGGCAUGCAGAGCAGUCUUCCUUUGCCGUCCUGGAAAGUAGUCUUAACGCAGAUAAUUUUCUACUUCAUCCUUGAGGAUUUUGUAUUCUACUGGGGACAUAGGAUUCUACAUACAAAAUGGUUGUACAAGCAUGUCCACAGUGUCCAUCAUGAAUAUGCUACACCUUUUGGAUUGACUUCUGAAUAUGCUCACCCUGCUGAGAUAUUGUUUCUUGGCUUUGCGACCAUUGUUGGUCCUGCCAUCACUGGGCCCCAUCUAAUCACCCUUUGGUUAUGGAUGGUACUUAGAGUGCUGGAGACGGUUGAGGCUCACUGUGGAUACCAUUUUCCAUGGAGCCUCUCAAACUUCUUACCUUUGUAUGGCGGCGCUGAUUUCCAUGAUUAUCAUCACCGCUUGCUUUAUACCAAGUCAGGCAACUAUUCAUCUACUUUUACUUACAUGGACUGGAUAUUUGGGACUGACAAGGGUUAUAGAAAGUUGAAAGCGUUGAAGAAGCCAGGAAUCGAAGAAGAUGGCAUCAAGGAAAUGUAAUAGUUUCUUUGAGGAACUAGGCGGACAUGAUGAAAAUGGGUUCUUUGAUUUUGGAAGAGUUCUCAUGUUGGUGAGCAACCACCCCUUUUUUUUAUUUUUUUGUGUUUAAUCGAUAUGUUAAUUUUAGCUUUAGAGCUUCGUGGUAAUGUGGAAUCUCAAUGGAAAGCCUUCUGUGGAAACUCUGUACCCCUCCUAUUCCUUUAGAAUGAAUGAAGUAGUUGUACACUUUAAUUCUUUA